ACACGAACUGUUUUCAUUGCAUAGGCCUAGCUGUGGGGUCAUUGUGACACAAUAAACCAUAUUGUGAUCAUCGCAUCAGGGACCACGUUGAGGACCAGCGAGCGAUUCUGCUAAAUAUAUUUCGCCUUAAAAUGGGGCAAGUUUUAAAAGGAAUGUGGACCAAACCCAGAAUGCACUAGGACAUUAUCAUUACUCAUCUCUCCUCAGAAUGCUUCUCCUCUCUCCUCCCCGGGCACUCUGUCUUUGUGCUGUAACGAAAUAUUGAGAUAAUGUUUUGAUCUCGUGUUUUCCUGUUAGCCAAUGGGAUGUACAACAAGCCUGUUUUUGAAGACUUUUAUUUUUCUGUUUACAGGAUGAGCGAUCUACUCGUUUAAAAAAAGAGGGACCAGGAUUACAAUAAAUGUGUCGUCUUUGACCUUUUUAUUGUGAAAACAACUUUUUAAAUCGCCGGUGCAUCAUUUCUUAUCGUUGUUCUUUGGGGAUUCUUCUGUCUUUGGGAUUUAAGGACAAUAAGUGGAGCUACUCAGCUGCUUUUAAACUCUGCUUCACAUUGAGGAUAAAAUGCACUAAAUAUUUGGACGAAACCCGAAGUUAGAACGGUAAUGUUUAUAAGCGGAUUAACACGCAGUUAGUGUUGUUAGCAUACAACAUGAUAUGAAUAGGUUACAUACAUUUCAUAUUAAAAUGUCGCAGUUUUCUUGUUUAAUGUGAUCAUCACAUCAUUAACUGAAGCGAGAUAGUGGACUAAUCCAUUCUGCAUAUGGAUUUAGUCAUGUGUUUAUGGCAGGCUAGCCUAUUUUCUUUUUUAUUAUAGGCCUAUUCGACAAAUUUAAAUGUCGUACGUGAUAUAGCAUUUUUAUGCAGUUUUAUUAUCCCGCCUGAAAGAAAAGGCUUUGGGAAUUCACUUUUUUCCAUAGUUCAGUUAAGCUUCCAUUAGGUCAGGUCAUUUACGUGCACAAUUGGUUUACAUUUUAUUGAUGAGAAAGGGAAAUUACUUGGAUUACAGAUUAUAAUUCGUUACGGAUAUCCUGAAAACAAACAAUUCCUUAUAUAAUGCGUAUACUAUGAAUGUUUGUUUCACUUCGUUUAGUUAGGCUAAUUUUCCCUUUUGUAUUCUAGAGAUAUACGGACCAAAUAACGCAAUUAUCGUUGUAUUAUAAUGCACCGAGAAGACAAGUCUACGUUUUAACCAGUGCGCACUAUUCAAUUCAAAGACGGGACGCUAGGCAAUUUACCAGUUCGUGUCUUGUGCGCGCUAUGGUAAACAAACACAGAUCAAAUUGCUUUGCAACCAGAAAUUCCGAUCCUUAUUCCAAUGGUGCUGUUUGUUAGAUUUCUGUUAUCGGUUGCUCAGUGUCAUAUGAACAGCAGGUCAUUAAAAAUAUAUCAGUUGUCUUGCGCCUUAAUUUUCUAGGCAGGCCAAACAGGUGUUGACUGAGCGCCACUCGCUGUAGUUAGAAAAGUGGCUGACGAAUUGCUGACGAUGAGCUGAGCAAUCAUAUAUAGACACAUUUAUUACAGAAUUGUUAUUAUUUGCAUUAAGACAACAAUGAAAUGAUCUAUUUUUUGGAAGAAAAAAGGGUCUGAAUAUCAUUUUGAUUACUGCCAACAAACAGAGGAGUUUGUCAAAAUGUCACUGAAAGCCAAGGCACUUUACACAUUCCAAAGUGAAAACAAAGAGGAAAUCAGCAUACAGGAAAAUGAGGAACUGGUUAUCUUUGACGAGAACUCAGUGGACGGGUGGCUCCAGGGCGAGAACAGCCGGGGACAGAGAGGCCUCUUCCCGGCCUCCUACGUGGAGGUAAUUAGGCCGCGCUCCAACUCCAACCUGACCGACUACUCCACCAGCCCCGCAGGUUCCCCGGGCAACGAGUCUUCCUACUUCCCUUCCGCGCCGCACACGCCCUUCCACAUGCGGCAGAGCUUCGACGAUGACGACGAUGACGACUGGGAUGACUGGGACGACAGCUCCACGGUGGUGGAGGACGAAGACCCCCGGCGGGGCGUGGGGGCCAACGGGCACGCCCACCACCAGAGCGGCAACCCCAACGUCCACUACCGCCCACACAAGCCCCACAUGGAGCGGCAGGACAGCAUCUCCAGCUCCCGCAAGGGGAGCAUGGUGGGCCGCAACCUCAACCGCUUCUCCAGCUUUGUGCGCUCGGGGGUGGAGGCCUUUGUGCUGGGCGACGUGCCCAUGAUGGCCAAGAUCGCCGAGUCGUACACCAUCGAGAUGGGCGCCUGGGGGCCCCAGUGGAAGGAAAGCCCUCAGCCCUUCUCCUGCUCCAUAGAGGACCCCACCAAGCAGACCAAGUUCAAGGGCAUUAAAACCUACAUCUCUUACCGUGUGACGCCCAGCCACACGGGCCGGCCUGUGUACCGCCGCUACAAGCACUUCGACUGGCUCUACAACCGGCUCCUGCACAAGUUCACCGUCAUCUCCGUCCCCCACCUGCCCGAGAAGCAGGCCACGGGCCGCUUCGAGGAGGACUUCAUCGAGAAGCGCAAGCGGCGGCUCAUCCUGUGGAUGGACCACAUGACCAGCCACCCGGUGCUGUCGCAGUACGAGGGCUUCGAGCACUUCCUGAUGUGCGCCGACGACAAGCAGUGGAAGCUGGGAAAGCGGCGGGCGGAGAAGGACGAGAUGGUGGGCGCGCACUUCAUGCUCACCUUCCAGAUCCCCAACGAGCACCAGGACCUGCAGGAUGUGGAGGAGCGGGUGGACUCCUUCAAGUCCUUCGCCAAGAAGAUGGACGACAGCGUGCUGCAGCUCGGGCACGUGGCCUCGGAGCUGGUGCGCAAGCAUCUUGGCGGCUUCCGGAAGGAGUUCCAGAAGCUGGGGAACGCCUUCCAGUCCAUCAGCCAGGCAUUCACCCUGGACCCUCCCCACUGCUCCGACUCCCUCAACGCCGCCAUAUCCCACACGGGACGGACCUACGAGAACAUCGGGGAGAUGUUCGCGGAGCAGCCCAAGUACGACCUGUUCCAGAUGCUGGACAAGCUGUCCCUCUACCAGGGUCUGCUCGCCAACUUCCCCGACAUCAUUCACCUGCAGAAAGGAGCUUUCGCCAAGGUGAAGGAGAGCCAGCGCAUGAGCGAUGAGGGGAAGAUGGACCAGGAGGAGGCGGACGGCGUGAGGAAGCGCUGUCGGACCGUGGGCUUCGCCCUGCAGGCUGAGAUGAACCACUUCCACCGCCGACGGGAGGUGGACUUCAGGGAGAUGAUGCAGGCCUACCUGCGGCAGCAGAUCGCCUUCUACCAGCGCGUGGGCCAGCAGCUGGAGCGCACCCUGCACAUGUACGACAACCUCUAGAGGCCCCCUGUACGGCUGCUCCCCCCCCCCCAGCCCCACCCUUACUCUGCAGUCUGGGGAUUGGGGGCUGGCACAUCUCUGACAAGCCAACAAAAAUGCUCCUCCUUUUUUAUUGGCGGGGGUUGAGUAGGACUGAGGUGGAGCCUCACUCUGCACUGGCUUUAGAAGGCCACUGUCACCCCCCCCCUACCACCCCCCGCCCCACCGCCAACAAUGACCAAUUCCUCCCCAACGCGCUGAUGACAUGACAACUGCCAUUGAAGCCUGAAAUUGAAACCUUGCGUGAGGAAUGGCGGAUUGUCCGUUUGGAUGGAAAUGAGACAGAGCCGGGAAGCGCACAGGCCCUGCUAGUCGGGGCGUGUCCAUGACGGACGGUUUAUACUCCCCAAACUGGACUUCAAGUGUCAGGGGACACCGAACAAUAGAGACAGUUUUUUGGGGGGAGGCGGAGUGGUUGAUUUAAAUGAAAAUAUUUUGUAAUCAUAUGUUCCGUGUCUGUAAGUUUCAUUAAUUUAAGUGUGUGUAUUGUAUUGAGGGGCAGGUCACUGUGGUUUUUGAGAAGACUUUCAGACAUUGGUGUGAGACGCUGACAUUUUAGUGGGCUCUUGUCAUUGGUCACUCAGCUUCGAGACCUGCUAUAGGUCCGUCAUCUGAGAGGUAUUCUUUCAUUGGACCCUCUGCUUACAAGACCAUUUGGUCACAGUUUGACCGGCCACACUGUUUGGCAGAAUCCACUCUUGGUCCUCAUGACGUUGUUGAAAAUUAGGAGGACGGCACUGCUCAGGUGUUUUACUGCUUUCAGACCACUUUCUUUCUGCUCCCUGAUCUGAGAUCAGCGCUCGCACAUAGCAUUCACACACUGACCUGGGAAUAGGGUCUUACUUUCUUUCUGCUCCCUGAUCUGAGUUCAGUGCUCGCACAUAGCAUUCACACACAGACCUGGGAACAGGGUCUUAAUUUCUUUCUGCUCUCUGAUGAUCUUAGAUCAGCAUUCGUACAUAACAUUCACACACUGACCUGGGAACAGGGUCUUAAUUUCUUUCUGCUCUCUGAUGAUCUUAGAUCAGCAUUCGUACAUAGCAUUCACUCAUUGACCUGGGAACAGGGUCUUACUUUCUUUCUGCUCCCUGAUCUGAGAUUAGCACUCGCACACUGACCUGGGAACAGGGUCUUACAGUGUGGGAUGUGUGUAGCCAUAACAAGUUCACCUGAGCAGGUUCUCCCUGCUAGCCUUAACUUCAUCUGCUGGACUAAUUCUCGUUUUCGUUUGGCCCUAUCUGGGCACUGUUGCCAGGCAGAUUUGAAGACAAGAAUGUGGAAAAAAGAUUGAAUGAAUGAAUAAAUGAAUGAACAAAUGAAAGACAGGAAGACGGUGCGUUUUGACUUUUUCUAUGAAGUGCCUGAAGGAGUCUCUUCACAUGCCUGCAUUUGCUUUUCUUCUGAGGGGAUUCCAUCACUUCCUGCUACAUCUGUUGUUGUUGUUUUGUUUAGUUAUUUUUUAUUUUAUUAUUAUUAUUUUUUCCUUCUAGGUCUUCCCACGUUCCGGUAGAGCUGGCACAGGGGAGUUUGCAUUUCUGUACCACCACAUGGGGCUUUUUUUAAUGUUGGGCUGAGCUGUGGAUGACUGGUUACGGUAGUUUUUUUUUUUACAUUUUUGUUUUUUAGUGUUCAUUUUACAUGGCAUGUAAAGAAGAAAAAUGUUUUUUUUGUUAGUUUUUACUUUAAUGCUCUUCCUUGUUUGAAUGGAAGCCCUGCGGAACCCUGCUGUGCAUUGUUUGAUGAAUGCAGCCACAUUCAUUUUAGGAGACGAAAGUGGAUUUAACUGAUUUAAGUGUUUGAUGGUCUCACAAUUCUUUAGUGUAGAUGUGGGCAAAUUUAACAGUGUUGAAUAAAAUGUAAACUUUCAAAA